AUGGCCACUAACAUCUCUAGAUCUCAAAAAACGUAUACACUCAACACAUCUAAGACCAUUCCAGCUAUUGGCUUGGGAACUUGGAAAUCUUCGGAUGAAGACGUUUAUAAAGCUGUUCUUGCUGCCAUUGAAACUGGUUAUCGACACAUUGACACUGCUGCGUGUUACGGGAAUGAAAAGCCAAUAGGUGAUGCCAUUCGUGACUCCAAAAUUCCUCGAGACCAACUCUUUGUCACCACCAAAGUAUGGUGCACUGACCACACUAGAGUCAGGCAGGCUUUGGACACUUCGCUCGAGAAGUUGGGUCUUGAUUACGUGGACUUGUACUUGAUGCACUGGCCUGUGCCUUUGAACCCCAAUGGGAACCACCCUAACUUCCCUACCCUUGAGAAUGGAAAGAGAGAUAUUUUAAAAGACUGGGACUUCAUUAAAACUUACGAGCAAUUGCAGGACGUAUUAACGACUUCGAAAACUAAGGCUAUUGGUGUAUCCAACUUCACGAUUACGAACUUGAAGAAGCUAUUGGAGGCCCCAGGUGUCACAGUGGUUCCGGCCACUAACCAGGUUGAAUUGCAUCCAUAUUUGCCUCAGCCCAAAUUGGUCCAGUUCUGUAAGGAUAAUGGAAUUGUUGUAGAGGCUUACAGUCCAUUAGGAUCCACUGAUUCCCCAUUAUUGCUGGACGAGAUUGUGGCUGAUAUUGCUAAGAAGAAUAACGUGAGUCCUGCGACUAUUCUUAUUUCCUGGGCCCUUUGGAGAGGUACAGUUGUCUUGCCCAAAUCUGUUACUCCAUCACGUAUUUCUUCCAAUUUUGAAGUAAUUGAGCUUUCUGAUGAAGACGGGAAGCAGUUAAAUGAUUUGUGGAGCAUUAGAGGCGUUUCCAGACUCGUGCAACCAGACUGGUCCCCGUUGGUCGUUUUUGAUUCUGAUGAGUGA